AUGUCGAGACACUUCGUCCUCUUGCCGACUCUCAUUUUGUUGUCCAUUUCUUCGCCAGUCGUAGCCGCCAAUUUCACCUUUUCGUACGGAACCCCGACGCAGUGUGGUAACUUCCCCUUCUCCUGGACAGGCGGCACGGCACCCUUUGAACUCACUCUGAUACCCGUUUUUGGAAGGCCCCAGGUUAUCCAGAUACCAUCGUCAAGCUUCAGCAAUGGAAGGGGCUCAUACCAGGCGCAGCUACCGCUCGCCGAGAACCAGCAAUUCCUCGCCACCAUGUCGGACGCGAAUGGUUUCGCCUCGGGCGGUACCUCGGAUAUUCUUACUGUAGGCCCACCCCCAAAUGGCGCUCAGUGCAAUACAACAGCUCCAGCGGUUGACUUUUUCUACGACACGAAUUCCGCUCUUGUGCAGUGCAGGACGUACACGUUCAAUAAUUACGUCGGAGCGGUGCUGCCAGUCACCGUCACGGGUGUUAUCCCUGGGGGCGUUUCCUUCAUUUUGAAUGCUCCCGCAGGGGCGACAUCCUUCGACUGGACAACAAAUGUUGCUUCAGGUACCUCAAUCGUCUUCUUCAUGGCGGACUCCAAAGGACGGCAGGGCGGGAGCACGCAAGUGGACGUCGUUGGUCUAUCUGACAAUGCUUCUUGUCUGACGGGGAGCUACCCAUCCUCAGUCGCGAAUACCCCCUCUGCCACCGCUUCGGCGAGCAGUAGUAGCUCAAGCUCCGCUUCCAGCACAAACACGGCGGACUCAGCUACAUCAAAUCAUUCGUCCGUGUCUGGCGGCACGAUCGCAGCUGCUGCCAUCGGCAGCCUACUGGCACUUGUGGUCAUUGUUCUCGUCAUAUUCUUCCUCCUCAGACGCAGACGCCGCGCACGUACUGGUGAAUAUCCUGACGAAAACUUCUACGCCUUCCGUCCGAAGCGUGCGGACCAGCCUGUCGAUCUGGCGCAUGACAGUGCCGACAACUCGCCUGAGCCUGUUGUGCAGCCGUAUCCAUUCUACGCCGCGUCUGACGCAGCGAUACGCCCUUCUUCCACGACAUCCCACUCCAAUCUCCUGCGUCCAAGUACGCAAUACGACUCCGAUGUCUUCCCAAUGCAAAAUCCGUUCAGUACCGCGUCGGUCUUACAACGGGACUCACAGAUGGACGCCGAGUCUGUCAUAACAGAAGGCCUGCGCGGCGAGCCAACCGGCGCUAUAUUCUCCCAUGGCCAGGGCAGCGGCAGCAGCUUGGGAACACGAAGUAAAGCCGCAAUUGCAGGCGUGUCGGGCUAUGCGGCGCCUGCCCGGUUCAUCCUGCACACCGAUGCCGAGGAAGUCAUCGAGUUGCCACCGCAAUACAGCGACCUCAGACCGCCGCCGUCCUUCUCGGGACCUUCCAGCACGACUACAUAUCCGCCACCACCGCCUGAAUUACCUAGUGCUGCUUUAACACCACAUACACCGGCUAUGCCCAGUGCUGCCUUGACACCACACACACCUGCCGGUCCUGAGAUCCUGGAGCAGGACGAUUCUAGCGACACUCAAAACCUGCAGCGGCCAUUGGCACCAGGACCUCCCACUCCAGCAUCCGCGACUCGAUCAUAG